AUGAAGAUCCUAAUCAGCACCAUCGGUGCUCUAAUAGGACCUGCUCCUAAAAAGAGCCAGCCCAAUGAUACCAUCAUCACUGCUUUGACUGAGACUGACAAGGAUGAAUCAUCAAUCAAGGUUCCAUUGCAGUUGGCUUAUGCUGGUGGAAAACCUGUGAUAUCAUCCUCCCUUGCUGACACUCCCUGUGCUAUCCUUGGUACUCAGGGCAUCUUAGAUAAAAUCAAUGCCACUCUUGGAACAACAUACACUUUGAACAUUCCAUCUCUCUCUUCUAUCCUUGAAGAGUAUAUCUCAAAUAACUAUGACUUUGGGACUGCAUAUAGCUAUCUUCGCUCAGUGUGGUUUACCAAUGACUGGAGCACUAUUCAAGAUACACUACACAUGCAGGAAGAGAAGGAUAAAGAAAGAAGACAAAAGGCAGUUGUUGAUGGCAAAAUUGUUGAUCCAUACAUGCCACCUCGACGUGUCUGGGAUCUUUACAGCAAUCGUGUAGUGCCAUCAUGGAUUGCUAAAAAAAGACCUCUGCCCAUAUCACAUGCAUGGUUGGAUGAGGAGAAUCGGAUUGCAGUGUAUACUCCUAUUAAUGGGAAGGAGUGGCCUGUGCCAAUGCCAAAGAGUGCUGAUCUUCAUCUCAUUCGCAUUGAGAUGUUAAACCUGGAAGCUGAGUAUGUGUGGUUGGAUGUGCUCUGCUUAAGGCAGAACAGUAGCUUAGAUCAGCUGAAAGAGAAGCUGCGUACAGAUGAGUGGAAGCUGGAUGUACCAACUAUUGGAAAUGUGUAUGAUUACACAAUAGUGGUAAUUUACCUGAGUGGGCUUGGGCUGCCUUUCAGUUUGAAGGAGGGUGACUUUGAAAGUGAGCGGUGUUGGUUUCAGCGUGCAUGGACACUACAGGAGAUUGGAUUAAAAAGGAUUAUUGCUGGAGAUAUGCCUUCUGGACCUCUACAUUGUGUCCACCAAGACUAUAAAGGAGAAAUACUGAUGCAGUUUCAAAAAGAGCUUGAGUUAGUGCAUAAUAUCAUGUGGUCACCAACAGGAAGAUCAUGGGGUAAUCUUUUCACAAUUCUUGCUGAGAUGCAAAAGCGAAAAUCAACAAAUUCUAUAGAUAAAAUUGCAGGACUAUCAUUCCUUUGUUGGUCAGAGAAAAUACCAGCAUACUAUGAAAAUCAGUCUGUGGAAGAUGCAUGGACAGCACUAGUCAAUGUAAUGGCUAUGGAAAAGCGAGGAGAAUUGUUCUUCUGGUAUCCUGAGCCAGGAAAUUCAGAUGUAAAAUGGAGACCAACAUGGGACCAGAUUAUGACAUAUUUCCACCUGCAGAUGUCUCAAAUGAGAUGCUUGUUUGGUGGGAUGAAAAUGGGAUGUGACUGGCACCAUGGACCUUGUAUUAGAAGGGGUUUGUGCAGGGGUUAG